UAACUAAUAAAGUUUUCCACCACAAGGUACCUAUAUCUUCUGGUAGCCUAUAUAUAUAGCUGUUUGCAACCACUGGCUAACAUACCUAAAAAUUGUACCGAUAUGGCUUCACUUGUGUGUCUCCUUUUUUCCUUGCAUUUCAUGGUUAUCAUGUCAGGUUCCUUACCAGCAAAUAGUGAAGUGUUUGCAAAAGAGUCUCCUAUGUCGCUAUCCACAAAACCCGUGGAAAGACUCACCCAACUCCACUUUUAUUUCCAUAACAACAAAAUGGGGGAACACCCGACUGCUAUGAAAAUUGUUGAGCCUCCUAAGGUGUCCAUUUCUGGUUUUGGGACUAUUUACAUGAUGGAUGACCCUCUAACUGAAGGACCAAGUCCAACUUCAAAGCUUGUUGGAAGAUGUCAGGGAAUAUAUGCUGAGGCUUCGCAACAUGAACCUGCGAUACUCAUGGUAACGAAUUUGUUCUUCACUGAGGGCAUUUACAAUGGCAGCACCCUCAGCAUUCUUGGGAGGAACCCUAUGUUGCAGAGUGUUAAAGAAAUGCCAAUUGUUGGGGGUAGUGGGAUCUUCAAAUAUGCAAGGGGUUCUUCUGUGCUUAAGACACAUGUGCAUGAUGCUAAGGCUGGUGUUGCAAUUGUCGAAUACAACGUGUCUGUCCUGCAUGUUUGAGUGAAAUAGGUUGAAGUUGCUCUUUGUAAUAUAGGUUUGUUUUGGAGGUUGAGUUUGAAGUCUUUCUCUUCUAAUCUCUUUAAUUUUAAGUCCAUUCGUCUUAAAAAAUAGUAGGUUUCAAGUUAAAAUAAUAGCUGUCCUGUUGUUUUAUUAAUGGAAAGUAAUGUUACUACAUUCAGUGAUAGAUGUGGCAAUUAAGAUUGAUUAAGAGCAACAGAUGUAAUUGUUUAUUCCUAGAUAUGCAUGUGAUGCGCUGGUAUGAAUAUGAUUGAAGAGUUAGCAUUAUAAUACA